UAUUCUGCGGUCAGCCGGCAUUCUCUAACGAUUGUGACGGUGGGCAUGACCUGUUUGCCAAAGUCAAAGAGAACAGCCUGAUGGGGACUUUUAUUGCCACCCUCAGUUUCACUGCACACCCAUCAGCCAAUCACAUGCGCUUAAAACUUUCUGGAAAAGAUGCUGAUUGGUUUUAUCUGGAGGGAAGAACCAUUAGACUGAACUCAACAUUAACUAAGAUUAUUGAUAGAGAGAUACACGGCUCAGUUUUAACAGCAACUGUAAGGUGUUAUGAACACAAAGUCCUACAGGCUGAACACGGGAUCAUGGUAGAGGUUCUGAAUGAGAAUGACAACAAACCCGAGUUCCUACAAAGCUCAGUUCAUCCUCUGCUGCUCAGUGAGUUAACAGCGGUAAACUCUGUAGUGUUUACAGUCCAGGCCACAGAUGCUGAUGGAGACACACUCACAUACGUCAUUGAUGAAACAUCACAUGAUGCCAGGUAUUUCCGAGUGGACUUACCCAACAGUGGCAAAGUGAUUCUCAACAAGCCAUUGGACUACGAGAUCAAAACUCAGCUCCGACUGACUCUUUAUGCAGUGGAGACAAACACAGAUGAGCACUACAACACAACUGCAACAAUAAUCAUCAAUGUGACAGAUGGGGACGACCAAUACCCACAGUUCCAGCCUUGUACUCUUCUCUCAGCCAAUCACAACAACCGCAUAUGUGCCAAUUCUCUGUACACUGCCAACAUCACAGAGAAUGAGCAGGACAUUGUCUUGGAUUUCUGUCCGGGUCCGAUUCAAGCGGUGGGUGGUGAUGAGGGUCUCAGAAUGCCAGUAAAGUACACCAUCCUGUCAGGGGCAGAUAAUGGCAGAUUCAUCAUUGACAGUAAUUCUGGAGAGGUGAGGUUAACCAGACGUGUGGAGAACAGACUGCUGAUCCCGACACUGAGACUGCGUGUUGUGGCAGCUCAGACGGAUGACCCUCUGAAGUAUGCAGUAGCUACGGUUCUGGUGAGGGUCCUAGCAGAAAACAGGUUUCCACCACAGUUUAACCGUUCAACAUACCGAGGCUUUGUCAGCGCGAGCACAAGUCCUGCCUCACUCAUCAUGACAUACGGCAACAAAUUACUUAUCCUGGAGGCCACGGAUCAAGACUUCACUGACGGCUUCAAUCCCAGACUGCAGUAUUCUCUAAACUCCCAACACAACAGUUCUCGGCUCUUUUACAUUACACAAGAAGGACUGCUUAUCGCUAAAACCAGCUGGCUACACCCCGGCUACAAAUAUUUCCUAGAGGUUCUAGCCACUGACCUGGAAUCAGGAGACAUUGUUAAAGCUUCAUUGCAUGUGGAAGUUCUUCAGAAAGGCCAUCCAGUUCCACAGGGUCCUUUGGGGUCGGGGCAUGUGUAUAGCGGUGAGACAGUGGGCAGGGCAGAGGGCGUGGCAGGGGUGUGUCUGAUCCUGCUGGCCAUUACCUUAUUUACACUGGUGUGGUGCAUUCGGCUGAUCAGAGAGAAGCGGGAUCAUGUCAUUUGGACCAACGUGGCUGACAGCAGACACACUAACGUCUGUCUGAGAUGGUUCCGGAUGAUUAACCAGAGCCGACCGAUGACCCUAGUGGAGGAAACGCUCUCAUAUCACAACGAGGCGUUCAGCGAGUACGACUACUCCACCUCAAAUUUUUACGACAAAAAGGGCAUCUACACCAAAAUAGAGGAGCCACUGCCAUCAUCAUCUGUGAACUUACCAUCAGUUACCUUCAACAAAUCCUUACGGCAAUCAAGACGCAAUUAUCUGGCACUGCGGCCCAACGGGAGGCCCGCGAACAGGUUAACAAUAAAACUGUGACAUUUCAUGACUAUGUUGUGGUUCGGGAAUGCGACGAGGAGUGUGAAGGAAAUACAGAGACUAUGUUCACAACAGAGGCGG